AACUGACAUUUAUAUCAAGUGGGAACAAAAUUUCAAAGAGUGAUACUCUAAUGCGAUAAUAUAAGAAGAUUAAGAAUUUCAAGAUAAAUCAAGGUCACAAAAGCCCAAGAUUUGAUUUUUAUUUCCCCUUUUCUCCCACUUCGUCUUUCGUUCCCGCUUCAGUUUCUGGCGGCAAACUCUGCACGUUUCUGCCGCCACAAUUUGCACGGUGGUUUCGUUUCAGUCACAGAGAUAACAAGUUAACAACCACAACGCCGCCGCGUCGGAAGCACCAAUGCCGCCGGUUGAAUCGCAAACCAUCAAGCCCAUUGCCAAGGGAAUCGUCCACAGAAUCUGCGCCGGUCAAGUAAUCCUCGACCUCUCUUCCGCCGUCAAGGAACUCGUCGAGAACAGCUUGGACGCCGGCGCCACCAGCAUCGAGAUCGCUCUCAAGGAUUUCGGUGAGGAAUGGUUUCAGGUCAUCGACAACGGUUCCGGCAUUUCCCCUAACAGUUUCAAGGUUCUUGCGCUCAAGCAUCAUACAUCAAAGUUAGCGGAAUUUCAUGAUCUUCAGUCGCUUACCACUUUUGGGUUCAGAGGGGAGGCGCUGAGUUCGCUCUGUGCAUUGGGGAGCUUGACUGUUGAAACGAGAACGGUUAACGAACCGGUUGCGACGCACUUGUCGUUUGACCAUUCUGGUGUUCUGGUUGCUGAGAGGAAGACUGCUCGGCAAGUUGGUACUACUGUUACUGUGAAGAAGCUGUUCUCGAAUCUUCCUGUGAGGAGCAAAGAGUUUAAGCGGAAUAUUCGCAAGGAGUAUGGCAAGUUGGUUUCGCUUUUGAAUGCGUAUGCCCUUAUAGCAAAAGGUGUUCGUUUUGUCUGCACCAACACAAGUGGCAAAAAUACAAGGUCCGUGGUACUUAAAACACAAGGAAGCGAUUCUCUUAAAGAUAACAUCAUAACCGUGCUCGGCGUGAACACGUUUAACUGCUUAGAGCCCGUGACAUUGAGUAUAUCUGAGAGUUGCAAAGUUGAUGGUUUUCUUUCUAAGUCUGGACAGGGUAAUGGACGCAAUUUGGGAGAUCGGCAGUAUUUUUUUGUCAAUGGUAGACCAGUGGACAUGCCUAAAGUUGGGAAACUUGUGAAUGAGUUAUAUAAAAGUGCAAACUCUAAGCAAUAUCCCAUUGCAAUAAUGAAUUUUACAGUUCCUACAAGAGCGUUUGAUGUCAAUGUGACUCCUGAUAAGAGAAAAAUAUUUUUUUCUGAAGAAACUGCCCUAUUGCAAGCCCUAAGAGAGGGCUUACAAGAAAUUUAUUCUUCUAGCGAUGUCUGUUAUUCUGUAAAUGAAAUUAUGCAGCCUGCUGUAAAUGAAGACUGUGUUGAGUUGCGUUCUACUAAAAGGAAGUCUCUUGUCGUGGAAAAACCACCGUCCCUUAACGACAACGUUCCUCAGGAAGAGCAUUACAGUGAGUGUAAAAAUGGUAUUACUUCUCAUGAUGAGUAUAAUGCCAACUGUAACAAAGAUAGUGUUUCUCACAUUGGGCAUAAGGAGAAACAUAUUACUGAUUCCAAAAAUGCUUCUGAAUCUGUUAAUGAUGAUCAAUGCUCACAUUCUGAAGAAGGGUUAAUUCAUGAGAAUGAUGGGAGUUUAAUGGGCCAGGAGUUUACACUCAGAGCGCACACCACUUCAAAGGAUUAUAAUUGUAGAAGACGGUUAGAAUGUGCUAGUAGUCUUCAAGGUACACUUGUCUCAAGGGCCGUUGAGAGUGGGGGAACUUCUAAUCAAUAUUCAUAUAGUCAUUCAAGACAUGUUCAGUCAACCCUUAACGGAUUUGUUAGUGUGAAUAAAAGAAAUCGUGAUAGUAGCAUUACAGCCUUAUCUGAAGUGCCUGUCCUUAGAAAUCAAGCUUCUCAUUAUCAAUUGAAGACUGCAAAAACUGAAACACGUGACUUGAUUACGAGAUCAUCAGUUAAUUUUGACCAAGUUGGUGGAACUUCUAAGCUGAGUAAGAUUGAAUCUUUGCAGCAACUUAAACCAGAUAACAUCCUCCAUAUAAAUGAAUAUUCAGUUUCUCUUAGAGGUGACACCACUGACAGAGAAUCAGAAAUGGAAUUAGAUCAAGAGAAUAGUGCAUCUCUAGCUGAUUCAGCACCAGCUACUCCAUCUAGUAAUGAUCUGAUCAACACUUCAGAGCAUGUUCUCGUCUCAGACCCUCCAUUACAUUCAUCGCCUGUAUGUUUAGAUUCUCCUAAGUCUUCUGGUCAGAAGAUAUGCUCCAACAUGCACUUUUCUUUUCAAGACCUUAAGAAUAAGAGAGAGAAGAGGCUUUCUUUGAUGCGGUCCAGUAAAUAUAAAUGUGGAAAGGCUAACGUCAAAAGUCACUACAUGGCUGCAACUUUGGAGCUUUCACAACCAGAAAUUGAACAGCAGAAAGAAAGGAUUUUAGCAGCUGCAGCUACUGAACUGGAAAGAUUUUUCAAGAAGGAAGACUUCAGCAGAAUGAAGGUGAUUGGACAAUUCAAUCUUGGGUUUAUUAUUGGUAAAUUGGAUCAUGAUCUGUUCAUUGUGGAUCAGCAUGCUGCUGAUGAGAAGUACAAUUUUGAGCGUCUUUCCCAAUCAACCAUCUUGAACCAACAGCCUCUGAUUAGGCCAAUAAGAUUAGAGUUAUCCCCUGAAGAAGAAAUAGUUGCUUCAAUGCACAUGGACAUAAUCAGGAAGAAUGGGUUUACUUUGGAAGAGGAUCCAAAUGCACCACCUGGAUGCCGUUAUAAAUUAAAGUCUGUCCCUUUCAGUAAAAACACUAUGUUUGGAAUUGAAGAUGUUAAGGAGCUGAUCUCUUCCCUGUCUGAUGGUGAUGGUGAUGUGGAAUGUUCCACCAUUGGUAGUUAUAAAACGGACACCUCAGAUUCCAUUUGUCCUUCAAGAGUUCGUGCAAUGUUGGCAUCACGUGCAUGUCGAUCAUCAAUUAUGAUUGGUGAUGCACUUGGAAGAAAUGAAAUGCAGAAGGUAGUUGAGCAUUUGGCUGGUCUGAAAUCCCCAUGGAAUUGCCCCCAUGGCAGGCCAACCAUGCGUCAUUUGGUCGACUUGACAAAACUUCAUCAGAUGUCAGAACAACCAAUGCAAAUGUAAUUAAUAGUGCACUUUUUCUCCAACCACCAUUGCUAUAUUGGAAUUUGGAAGUUUAAGAGAACUAUGUAACUUAUUUUGUACAAAUACCAUGUAAGUAAUAUUUGUUAUCAAAUGUUACUGUAAAGUUAA